AUCAUCUGCGCGUGUGUUGUGUGUGCGUGCGUGUGUUGUGUGUGCGCGCGUACGUGUGCGUGCGUUAUGUGUGUGUGUGUGCGUGCGUGCGUGUGUGCGUUGUGUGCGUGCAUACGUGACAUGUUUGAGGAGCGAGCAGACUACGUGCCUGUGGUUAGUUGACUGAUAAUCACAGGUCGAUCAGCUGACACGGGACGUCUACACUUUUGGGAAAAUCCGUACAAAGCCCGCGUUGUCGCUGUUGUCGCCGUUGUCGCUGUUGUCGCAAUCAGUUUGCUUUUAGAACUGACGAGUAGUCGAUGUCAACUUAUAACCUUGCUGCUGUCACAGUCUACAUUGAUGUACGUCUGUCGUCUGUCGUCGGUCGCCAGGGUGUGACAGGUGUAUACUGACUGCCAUGGGCUCCACCUGUUCAAAGAAAGCCGGACGACCGGAACAGUACCGUGCAGAACAAGAGGCGCACGACCCUCCUCUCCUUCCCCCCCGCCUUCGGAAGAGGAAGCUGAUCCCUGACCCAGAGGUCACCUUCAAAGAAAUCGACUUCCGUGCGAGAAACGCUCCUGCACACACCACAGGCUCCGUGGCCAGCCUGGCCAGGUAUCUGGAGAGGAACUGCACCAACGACACGCAGAAGGCGCGCGCCGCGUUCGUGUGGCUGACACACCACGUCACGUAUGAUGUCAAGGCCCUCACAUCACACAGACCACCCCAAGGUGCCGGUGACGUGCUGAGGACGCGGCUGGCAGUGUGCCAGGGCUACAGCGAGCUGUUCAAGGCACUGUGCGAUUGUAUGGAGGUGACCUGCCGGGUGGUGUCCGGCCUGGAUAAGGGCUUUGGCUACGACCCCGGUUGCACCUUCACGACUGACAGCGAGGCGACUCACGCGUGGAACGUGGUGCACGCAGCGGAAUGGCGGCCCGUCGACUGCACGUGGGGCGCUGGUCGUCUUGGCGACAACAGACAGUUCGAACGGCGCUUCGAAGAUUUUUGGUUCUUGACGGACCCUGACCACUUCCUGCUGCGACACUUCCCACACAUGAACGGGGACCCAGCUUUGAGCCUGGCCUACCAGUUAGUCAAAAAGCCAAUCGACGUAGCCAAGUUCUCGGCCCUGGCGUACCCGAGUGCCUAUGCGCACAAGCAGGGGGUUCGCCUCCUGUCCCACCCGCUCAUCACCAUCGACGUCAAGAAACUGGUUACCGUCAAACUGAGGGCAGACGACUUCCCGUUUACUUCGGCAACAGCCCACGUGACUGACCUCUCGGACAGGGUCAAGCGUGAGGACAGGUCAUGCGUGGUGACCUCCUUGCAGCCUGACGGCACGUGCAGCGUCUUGCUCCGCCCUCCGCGUGCCGGCCGCUUCCUCCUCAGGAUCUACGGCACAGUCAGCAAGGGAGACGGGGGAGUGCUACCCGAGCUGGUCACCUACUUGAUCACUUGCAGUGAAGGGCAGCCCAUCACUGACCCGUACCCGGACAACGGGGGUCACUAUGGCUACCAGCUUGCCAGCGCACCAGAGUGCGGCUUGAAGAUGCUCCGGUCCACACACUUUCCCUUUGAGGCCAAGAAAGGAGAAGUGCACGUGCCUGUCCCACUCUCCCGUUUCACGACCUUAACCUCGAAACUCACGCACGCUACAAAGGUCAAGGAAGUCUUAACGGACUUGACCUUUAUUCAACGCACACAAGAGGGCGCUGAGGUCCUGGCUCGCCUGCCGCAAGCCGGCUACUACCUGCUGCGCCUCUUUGCCGGCGCCACGAGGCGGACCAGACGUUGCAGCAGGUGGCGGACUUCCUGCUGCACGCCACCAACAGCACCGAGACCUUACCGCCUUUCCCCAAGACUUACAAGUUCGAGCACAAGUUCCGCGCGCAUCUCAUUCACCCUCUGGCUGGGCGAGUAGCACGUGACAGACCCUCACUCUAUCGUGUGCACGCGCCUGACCUCGUCAAGGUGAAGGUUGGCGACAUGCAGCUGGAGCAGAGAAAGGGCGGAGUGUGGGAAGGGCAGGUGACACCAGGUAAGGGCUUGUCUUGUCUGACGAUGUGCGGCUCGCCCAGCAGUGAGCCCAACUUGCUCUACAGGAUGUUUGACUUUACCAUCGUCACAGACCUCAAAGCAACCGCAGUCCUGGCGGCCAGGUGGGAACAUGAAGGAAAGACAUCCAUCAACACGCUGGUGACCCCCUCCCUUUGUGUCAGAGCCUGCGAAUCCCCUCCCCCAGCCCCACCAUGCAACAAGUAGCACAGGAGAUGACAGCUCGUCCACCACACGCUGCCUUUCCAUGUUUUCCACACACCGGUUCAACAUUUUAAACUCGCUUCAUUUAUAUUUCUUUCAGUUUUGUUUCAAUUUCCCUGUAGCUGUCCUGAUGUGCUGCGUACAUGAAACACCGAGUGGAAGUCUCGACAGAGUGUACCUUCAAAACAACAUAUCCACAGCAUGACAUGACACAUGGAGUGACGAGUGCCUGUGAACACACCAAGUACUGGAGUCAGCCCAGUAUUUGGGGGGAUUGUUCAUCUCAUUUCCACAUUGGCGUAUUGUUCAUCCCAUCUGUCUACAUAAGCCAAAGUGCGGUGUGUGAUUGCCAGUCUGAAUUAGGUAUCACAAGCUGAUGUACAGAAAAUAAUUAACCUUGUCCCACUGUACCUAGUGAAACAUUUGACAACUUUGUAACAUUAACAAAUAACUUUGUAACUCUU